AUGAACGGGCUGUUGAGUAAUUUAAUCCCAUUGGAAAUCUGGACUUUGGUCUUAGACAAGCUGGAAAAUGAUUCAGUUGAAACGUGUCAAUCAAUGACUGAUCUAAUCUAUUUUUUCAAGGCCCUCGAAGGCUCAAAUAUCCCACCUUGUUUUCAGUGUCGACUUAAAGAUCGGUGGCAGUUUUUAAAUUAUACUAAGCAUGCGGAAUGGUCGGAAGUGUUGAAGAUUUCGCCAUCUUUGAAAGUGCUGGCAGAUGAUGCCAACUUGCUCGCCGAGAGAGCGGAUUGUGGGAACGAUUUUAGACCAAUUUUUAUCGUUGAUGAACGCACUGACGCGGGACAACUGGAUUAUAGAGGCACCAAGAACGUAGAUAUCAUUUUUUGCGGUGAUACGUCGGUAAUUGGUGAUUUUAUCGUCUCCUUGUCCUCGCACUGUUCAGGAUCUUCAGUUGCACUGAUAGUUGAUUGUGAGCCUGGGAUUUAUUCGGGCAAGAAAUUGUUUGGUAUCCUGAAUGCUGACCUGUUUGCAUCGGGCUGGUCUUUUGACAAGGUAUGUGUGUCUUUCCCGUGGGUGAAGGUCUUGGAGUGCAAUUACAUGGCUUUAGACACAUUUAUCUAUCACGCAUUGAGUGGUCGUGAGACAUCUAAGCACGGCUGCGAGUUGUUUAAUCGGUUUCUGCACAGUUUCAAGCUGAAUUUCCCUCUGCUGGAGCAGAUUAAGUUUGUGACGCAGACGACGACAAGAGAUGAGACGUGUAAUUUCAUAGACCUUUCCUCGCUGAUGCUGAACAAGUUCAAAGAUGGAAAAAUUCCGCUAAUGAAUCUAUUCAAGGUGCAUUCGCUCGAGAAUUGGAGCCUCCCGCAUGUCUCAGAGUUCUCCGGUCAUAGAUUCAAGUUCGAUGAGACGACAAUGACCGGCUCCCCCGAAAGGAGAACACUGUCAUUGAGGGAAAAUCUAAACUUACUGCGAGAAAUGGCCAUUAAUGAAACAAUUGAUGCAACGCCCUACUAUCGGCUGAGCCUUUUCCCGCGAAGCGUCAAACAUACGAGAAUUGUAAACUGGAUUCCGCUGCAAUCGACACCGAUAAUGAUUUUAAAGUCCAAGUCUUUGGAAUCGCUGAGCUUGAAGCUAGUGGCAUUCGAAAAUGCUCCAGCCACUGUGGUACAGGGUCUUUUUCUACCUAGCUUACGGUGCUUGAAUCUCGAGCAAAUGGCAGAGCAACAGAUCGCAUUCGUUCCACCAACUGAUAGGCGAGGUUCCACAGACAUGAGAAGCCAUCCUGCUAUUAUCGAAGCAGAACCAUGCGCAAGCUCAAUGAACCCGGUUGUGUUCUCGUCUUGGAAUCAAUUGACCAGCCUGCACAUCAUUCAGAUCAACAUGAAAUUCAGUCACUACAUAUUCGAUAUCCAGAACCUAAAGAAAUCGCUGCCGUCAAUCAACCUAAAGAAGAGCUUUGAGACGUUUUUCGAUGAGCAACAAAGAUUCAUAGUAGUAUAG